AUUCUAAAUUCUAAAAAUACCGAUUUAACGUGGACAUACAGAUCUGAGUAAAAAAAAAAAAAAAAAAAAGAGUCGGUUGGGAAAAGAAAGAGGUAAAGCAAGGCAACAAAUUACACUUUGUUCCCUUCUAGUGCUCAAACUCGGAUCUGGCCACGAUACGCACACUCUCUUUGUAUCUAUUCACAUCACCAUAGCAUUCCGUUAGUGUGUGUAAUCGUUGAGAUUCGUUUCUAUGUGCGUGUGCUUUUGUUUCAAUUCUCCAGAUUUGGUAUAGACUCAUUGUGUGCCAGAGAGAUUGAGAGAGAGAGAGAGGGAGAUAGAGAGAGAGAUUGAUGAAAGGAGGCGGUGGCGGAGCGUCAUCGUACACGCUUCCGAGGCGAUGGAGAGGACCUGUCAUUGCGGUGCUGGCGCUCGUCUUCCUCUCGAUGCUCGUGCCUUUAGUGUUCAUGCUCGGUCUCUUCAAAUCUUUUCAUUCUUCAGUUUUUGAUUCCGAUUCACGGCCUUUAGAAUCAAAGCGGCUUAGAGUUUAUGAUCAGCAUGUCGAAGUUACUACUAAGAACUACUCUCAGCAGGCGGAAACAAAAUAUGUAGAUCAACAAGUGAGAGUAACGGUGCCAACACUUCCCAAGGAUUUUACAAGCAACCCUGGCAAGGAAGUUGAGAAUAAAACCAACAGUUUCACAGUGUUGACUAAUACAUCAUAUUCACGUCCUGAAACAAAUAUUUUAAGACAAAGUGGUAGAAAUGAAGUUGCCAAAAAUUCGGAAGGAACUACUGAGAGCGAACAAUUAUGUGCAUUAAAAUACGGUAGUUACUGUCUAUGGCGGAUAGAACACAAGGAGAAAGUAAAAGAUCUUGUUGUGAAGAGAAUGAAGGACCAGCUAUACGUGGCGAGAGCUUACUAUCCAAGUAUUGCAAAACUUCCAGCUCUUGACAAGCUCUCUCUUGAAAUGAAACAAAAUAUUCAAGAAUACGAGCGUGUUCUGAGUGAAACAUCGACAGAUGUUGAUCUUCCAUCUCAUAUGAAAAAGAAACUUCAGAAUAUGGAUGAUGUAAUAGCUAGAGCAAAAUCAUAUCCGGUGGAUUGCAAUAACGUUGACAAGAAGUUCAGGCAACUAGUUGAUCUUACUGAGGAUGAAGCCAACUUUCAUGCAAAGCAGAGUGCUUUCCUUUACCAACUUGCUGUCCUAACAAUGCCCAAAAGUCUCCACUGUUUGUCAAUGCGAUUAACUGUUGAGUAUUUUAAAUCUCCUUCACUUUAUAUGGAACAGUCACUCUCGGAAAAAUAUAUGAACCCAGAUCUGCAGCACUAUGUCAUAUUCUCCAAUAACAUACUUGCAUCUUCUGUUGUGGUCAACUCAACUGUAAUGCACGCAAAGGAAAGCGGGAAUCAAGUUUUUCAUGUGCUGACUGAUAAACAGAAUUAUUUUGCCAUGAAAGUUUGGUUCUUUAGUAAUACAUUCCGGGAAGCUACAGUACAGGUUCUUAAUAUUGAAGAUCUUGAAAUAAACACCCAAGAGAAGGGAUCCCUUUUGCAGUUAUCAUUACCUGAAGAAUUCCGUAUAUCUUUCCAUGAUGCCAGUAAACCAUCCAAGAGCCAAAUCGUUACAGACUACAUGUCUCUUUUUUCAAAUUCCCACUAUGUGCUUCCAAAGAUAUUUCACACUUUAAAAAAAGUUGUGGUUUUGGAUGAUGAUCUAGUUGUUCAACGUGAUUUAUCUGCCCUAUGGAGCCUUGACAUGGAUGGAAAAGUUAUUAGUGCACUUCAGUUCUGCAGUUUGAGGCUGGGUCAGAUAAAUUACAAUUUUGGAAAGAACUUUGACGGAAAUACUUGUGCGUGGUUGUCUGGAUUCAAUGUUAUUGAUCUAGUCAGGUGGAGAGAUCAAGCUGUUACCGAAACCUAUAAGCGAUUGGUGCAAGAGCUUGACAGGGAUAGAGGACGUUUUAAAACUGCUACAGUGUUUUCAAGCUUGCUUACCUUUCAAGGAAUGGUUCAUACCCUAGAUGAUGACUGGGUCUUACCAGGACUGGGUCAUACAUAUAGUCUGGCUCCUGAAACUGUUAGAAAUGCGGCAGUGUUGCACUUUAAUGGGAACAGGAAGCCCUGGCUUGAGCUUGGCAUUCAAAAAUAUAAAACCUUCUGGAGGACAUAUUUGAAUCGAGAACAUCGUUUCUUGAGUGACUGCAAUGUGAACCCGUAAAGAUCAUAAUCCUUUUAAUUGGCUGACAUCGAAAUGAAGUGUAGUAUCCCAGCAUACACAUUAUUCGCUUCAGGAUGCAGAAAGUUUUGAGCCUGGGAAGAGUUUGUGAAGGUUAAGAAAUUGCUAGUGGUAGGCCUUGUGUAUUUAUAGUCUGUUGGUCUAUUUUUUUAGAUUUAAUAAGAUGAACAGAAUAUGACUACUAUCUAUCAAGGCAUGAUGAUUGGCUAUGUUCAGCAAUCUGGCAGACGUUUUUUUGGUUGAUGUGCUUUCAACUGUUAUACAGGAAGAUCAUUGAGGGAGUUGUUACAAUUCCUCUGGCAUAGGGAGAAAGUGCAUCCAUUAGUUUGUGUGCACAAUAGGCCAUUCUUGGUGUAAAUGAUUGUCUGGUGAAGAGCUAAGUUAUUUGUUUCUGUGGCAAAUCUGAGAUAUGUACCAGCCUGUUACAUAGCAAAUUAUUGCAGUUUUGAACCAGCUGCUUUGAAAUUCCAUUUGUAAUUACACUGAUUCUGAUAUUAUGGAUUAUACAUUUAAGCAUU